CUGCUGUAGUAAGGUCAGAAAGCUUCACUUGUAGCAGUUAAGGGGCCUCUCUGGGUGGGCAUCACCAUUUCUGCAACAUGGAUGCACAGCACAGCAGAAUGAAUGGUGACUCUUCCCAGAUGUCCAGUGUGAUCUUUGAAUUACCAACCAGAGGCAAUUUGCCCAAGGAAUCUAUGUACAUUGAAGAAUCCUCAAAUAAAAAUGGUGUGAUUUCUUUGAUUUUCUCUCUGAAAGAAGAAGUUGGGGCAUUGGCUAAAGUUCUGCGCACAUUUGAGGAAAAAGGUAUAAACCUGACCCAUAUUGAGUCCCGACCCUCCCUUCUCAACAAAGAUGAGUAUGAAUUCUUCAUUAACUUGGAAGGCAAUAAUGUCCUGGUGCUGGACAAUAUCAUCAAGUCCUUGAGAACUGAUAUUGGAGCAACAGUUCAUGAGCUUUCACGGAAGAAGAAGAAGGACACUGUGCCGUGGUUCCCAAGAAGUAUUGAGGAGCUGGACAGGUUUGCCAAUCAGAUCCUAAGUUAUGGAGCGGAAUUGGAUGCUGACCAUCCUGGGUUCAAAGAUCCUGUGUACCGGGCCCGAAGGAAAGAGUUUGCCGAUAUUGCCUACAACUACAGACAUGGCCAAGUUAUUCCUCGAGUCACCUACACGGAAGAAGAAAAGAAAACAUGGGGCACUGUCUUCAGGGAGCUGAAGAGUCUCUAUCCAACUCAUGCUUGUUAUGAACACAACCACGUGUUCCCAUUGCUGGAGAAAUACUGCGGCUACCGGGAGGACAACAUUCCCCAGCUUGAAGAUGUUUCAAAAUUCCUGCAAAGCUGCACUGGAUUUCGCCUGCGUCCUGUGGCAGGUUUGCUCUCCUCUCGGGAUUUCUUGGCUGGCUUGGCUUUCCGAGUAUUUCACUCUACGCAGUAUAUCCGCCAUGCAUCCAAACCCAUGUACACUCCAGAGCCUGAUAUUUGCCAUGAGCUGCUAGGACAUGUGCCUCUUUUUGCUGAUCCCAGUUUUGCUCAGUUUUCCCAGGAAAUUGGAUUGGCAUCUCUGGGAGCUCCGGAUGAUUUCAUCGAGAAACUUGCUACGGUUUAUUGGUUUACGGUGGAAUUUGGACUAUGUAAGGAAGGUGAUUCACUGAAGGCCUAUGGUGCAGGGCUGCUGUCUUCAUUUGGGGAGCUGCAGUAUUGUUUAUCAAGUAAGCCUGAGAUUCAGCCUCUUGUCCUGGAGAAGACUUCUGUGCAAAAGUACCCUGUUACUGAGUUCCAGCCUGUCUACUACGUUGCUGAAAGUUUUAAAGAUGCAAAAGACAAGCUAAGUAAAUUUGCUCAAACGAUCCCUCGUCCUUUCUCUGUUCGGUACAAUCCCUACACCCAGAGGAUUGAAGUCUUGGACAAUGCAAAGCAGCUGAAGAACUUAGCUGACACCAUCAACAGUGAGAUGGGGAUCCUUUGCAAUGCCCUCCAGAAGAUAAAAUGAAGAUUAAUUGUAACCUGCUCAUUGCUGGGUACUGACUAGAAGAUGUCAUGUGCAAAUACCAGUUUUCAUCUAGUCUCAGUUUAUUAUCGUUCAGUGUAUUGCAUGAAUGCUUAUGUUAUAGAUCUUAAUUACUAUAUAUUAACAGAGAGACAUCCACAGGUGACCCUUGACUCUUUCGGCCUUCAGACACUAAUCCAUUUUUUCUCCAUUGCUGCAAAAAAAUCACCUUAUUUCUGGGACUCUAUGGAAAACCAUCAUAUCUCUUAUCCCAAAGGUUAACAGAAGGAGAUCUUCACCAUGUAGAGCUAUAGUCUGCUGCAGCUGUGAGGUGGAAUUACCACCCCAGGCCCAGAGACAGGAUGGUAAUGACUAACAGACAAAGCCUCCUUGUUUGGUCUCACAGUCAUUCUCCUCUCAAACCCUCACAUUUGUGCAAGGUUCCCAUGGUGUCUCAAACUCUACACCUUUCAGGGUGUAUACAUAUACUGCUUGGCCCUCUGUACCUCUACUUUUAUACAUAAGCACCUCCAUCAGGAAAUGUGUUGGGUUUUUUUCAUAAAAAUGUGAUAUUGUCAUUGAUCCAAAGCAGAGAUGCUGGAGGAAAAGACAGAAAGUAUGCUGCAGUCCUUUCAGAGGAGAGUUGCCUAAAGGAAAGUCUAUGUGGCUUUUAGCAGCUGGAUGUGUGGUCAGUUUGUUGAUAAUUUGUGCAAGCUAGAAACAAUACAGAUCUUUUAACAGGGCAUCAAGGCCUUAUUAGUCUUGUCUCAGAGUUGUGCUGGCUGUAAUGUUGUAUAGUAUCAUCAAUUCAGAGCUGAUUGAGGACCAACCAACUUACAGAAUGGCAAGACAGCUCUUAGCGGACAUAAUCAGGUAGUCACUGUGGAAGGUUGAUGUGUGAAGGCUACCUUCUGAUGUGUGUGUCCUUCUCUGACAAUGCUACAUUCAGCACUGUUACAAGGUGUCCCCUACCUUUCUGGACUUGCAAUCCAGGAGGUGGAUACCAGCACCUUGGGAACAGAGAACCAAGUGGUUCUUACAAUCCAUCUGAAGAAAGCAGAGCUGUCCAACUCAUAACUCACUGUAUCUGUGACUAGAGUCCCCAGCAGAGCUACUGAAGACCUGAGUUAAGCUUUGUCCUAGUCUGAGGGCAUUUAAACCCAGAAAUGAUAUUUUUCAAAACAGCUCCUAAGUUAUGAUACUUUUAGGUGUCUACUUCCUUCUCUCACAUGAGCUUUAAUCUCCCUUUUUAGUUAAAGCAUUUAUUUUCCUCCUGGAGUACAGCUUGGCUACGGUAGUAAAUAGAAGCAAGGGUAAAAGCAGCUUAAUGCAAUAGCUGAGCCAUGGAGAGAGAAGAUCUUGGGUGUCCAGAAAGCUAUUUCUGUAUUUUAUCCAAUAUCUUUCACAUAAACUAGCUAAAUGUCCUUCUGGACUGGUUCACAUUGUACAAUGUCUACUUGUAGCUCCCUAGAUUAAAGAGAGAGGAGAUCAGCACUUGUCCAUUGGAGUGGAAUGGAGCAAAAGCAAAGCAGAAUGGUACUGCCAGCUUGAAAGACUUCUGCAUCAUGAUCCUAAUGUAGUUCAGGAGUCACAUUUCUGUUAGAAGACCCAAAGAUGGAGAAGCAUUUGAAAGUCUACAAGUUUCAUACCUACUAUUGUACUACUCUUGUAUUUGUAGUUUGAAAAUCAAUGGAGCUUUAAUGUUAGCAUCAUCCUUUAGGAAGAUAGCAAGUACAGCUGUUUCCAUUGUAUUUAUGGUGGGUAAUAACAUUAAUCUAAGCAUACCAGCUGGAACCCUUUUCAAUAGACAUAUACUUAUGCAAAAUGGUAUCAUUUUAGUGCUUUGAAGUAAGCUUUUUUAUCUCUGAAUCCUUUUUCUUCCGCCCCCUUUUUUUUUUUACCCCUCUCUCUCUCUCAUUUAAUCGUCUGUGUAGAUCUUUCAGACCUGCUUAACAUGUAUUUUUCAGUGUGAAAGUAGCCUGUAUUUCCCCCCCUCAAUAUAACAGGUAACUGUACUACAAAGAGACAGUUUCAUCUCAUGGGUGAAGUCUUUCAAACUAAUCUUCAGGCAGCUUUCCAAGCUCCUCUGUGUCUGGCUGUUGUUGUGAGUGACAGCAGCAGUAAAUCAACAUUGAUACUGAGAACACAGGAUUCAUGGUUGGUUUUUAUGUUCAAGGAGAAUGGUUAAAGAUUAUUGAUGCCACAUGCCUGAUUCUGUGUCCCUUAAUGCAUGCUGUCUUACAUGAACAAUAACUCCAGCCAAAGCAGUAUAACAGAGCUGUUCAGCAGGACUGAGAAAUGGGAAAAAGUUAUAUGGUCAGGAUUUUGAAAGCAGAGGAAUUUUGAAUGUAGAUUUCCUUGCAGAACAAACUAGCUUGUGCAUAUAUCUUUUAAAUAGUACAAAUAAGUUGCAUUUUAAACAGUACUUCCUGGUGGGUGACUUCUUAUUUCCAUGCUAAAGAAAAUUAAUAUUGUGUAAUGAACUGACUAGUUA